UUAACCCCGCCCCAUGAUUUGCUAUUUUUAUUAUUUUCAUGAUUAAUUUUUUUUAACCCUCAUCCCCACAAAAGUUCUAAACCAUGUUUCCCCAAAUGAGCCAACCCCAUUUGGUACAGAAGAACACAAAGCCCAACCCUGAGACUGACCAUGGCAAUAAGCUUCUUUGAUCAAUUUGCAAGCCCCUCAUACCUAGGAAUUCCGCUAAUUGCCAUUGCAAUUGCACUUCCCUGAGUAAUGUACCCAACCCCUUCAACUCGAUGAAUUAAUAACCGCCUAAUUACUAUUCAAGGCUGACUAAUUAAUCGCUUCACGAAUCAACUUAUACUACCUCUGAACCCAGGCGGGCACAAAUGGGCCCUAUUAUUUGCCUCUCUUAUAAUUUUUUUAAUCACAAUCAAUAUGCUCGGACUCUUACCUUAUACUUUUACCCCUACAACACAACUAUCCCUAAAUAUAGGAUUUGCAGUUCCACUAUGACUCGCCACAGUUAUUAUUGGUAUACGUAAUCAACCAACAGUUGCACUAGGUCACCUCCUCCCAGAAGGAACCCCUAUUCCCCUGAUUCCCGUAUUAAUUAUCAUUGAAACAAUUAGCCUAUUUAUUCGCCCCCUAGCCCUGGGUGUCCGACUCACAGCUAAUCUAACCGCUGGGCAUCUAUUAAUUCAACUAAUCGCCACCGCCGUAUUUGUUCUUCUCCCAAUAAUGCCCACAGUAGCUAUUUUAACCGCCACCGUUUUAUUUCUAUUAACCCUUCUGGAAGUAGCCGUAGCUAUGAUUCAGGCAUACGUAUUUGUCCUUCUCCUAAGUCUAUACCUCCAAGAGAACGUUUAAUGGCCCACCAAGCACAUGCGUAUCAUAUGGUUGAUCCAAGCCCAUGACCACUAACCGGCGCAAUCGGAGCCCUAUUAAUGACCUCCGGCCUUGCAAUCUGAUUCCACUUCCAUUCUACUACACUAAUAACCCUCGGAUUAAUUCUUCUUCUCCUCACCAUGUAUCAAUGAUGACGAGAUAUUAUUCGAGAGGGGACCUUCCAAGGCCACCACACCCCACCAGUCCAAAAGGGCCUACGCUAUGGUAUAAUUCUUUUCAUUACAUCAGAAGUAUUCUUCUUCUUGGGCUUUUUCUGAGCCUUCUACCACUCAAGUCUAGCACCUACCCCAGGAACUAGGAGGGUGCUGACCACCCACAGGAAUCACACCCCUAGACCCCUUUGAAGUCCCCCUACUCAACACAGCCGUCCUUCUAGCAUCCGGAGUAACAGUCACAUGAGCACACCACAGCCUCAUGGGAGGGAGAACGUAAACAGGCUAUUCAGUCUUUAGCACUAACCAUUCUUCUAGGCCUUUACUUUACAGCCCUACAAGCAAUAGAAUAUUAUGAAGCCCCCUUUUACCAUCGCAGACGGUGUGUACGGAUCCACAUUCUUCGUAGCUACAGGCUUUCAUGGACUUCAUGUAAUUAUUGGGUCCUCCUUUUUAGCCGUUUGUUUUCUACGCCAAAUCCAAUACCACUUUACAUCUGAACAUCACUUCGGCUUUGAAGCCGCUGCCUGAUACUGACACUUUUGUCGACGUAGUAUGACUAUUCCUUUACGUAUCAAUCUACUGAUGAGGCUCAUA